UUAGACCCCUACCGCACCAAAAUGAGAAGCGGUUACGAUGAACCACCAAAAGGGCUGGACAGUGGUCAGUUUUACGUCAUACAUAUCAUCUCACUAAUCGCCAUGGGCGCAAGCUUCUUGUGUGCUUCUAUUGUCAUGGGAGUGUCCAUCAAGCAACAAAAGAUGAAAAAAUUCUACGACCGCACUAAAAGUGAACGACUAAUUGUAUAUGCUGCUGCAUGUGACGCUACCUUCAACGUCAUCCAUUCCACUGAACACAUUCAAAUGCUGAUAACAAAAAACCACGUUUCUCCUCGAGAACUAUGUAAGUUUCAUGGUUUCAUGACACUUGAACUUGGAUUCGCUCAAGUCUUCCUCGUCUUGUUUGUGGCUGUCAACAUAUUUUGUAUGAUGUUCUUACACAAGGAUAUAUCCUUUGGGAAAUAUGACUGGAAGCUGCUCGGCCUUAUCAUUCUUGCCCCCUUCCUCAUCGGGGCCAGUAUUCUGGCGGCUGACAAAAUCGGUCCAAAUGGGACUUUUUGUUUCUUUGACGGAGUGACGGCUAGACAGUUAAACUUCUAUCUGACGACGAUACCACUAUGCCUUGUAUUGGUAAACAACGUUAUUUUGUAUGGACUUUCUUGGUACCGGAUCAGGACCGAAACAAAACGCCUUUCUCAAACACUGGGUAGUGCAUCUCAAUCCAGGAAAUGGACUCAUAAUGCCGCUAAUAACAUGUUUUUGUUCCUAAUUUCCUACUUUGUCCAGUGGUGGGCUUUGGCGGUGUAUGGUGUAUGGAUAACUUUUGGAGAAGGACCUAUUGUACUUUAUAUUGCCAAUAUUUUCUUUUCGAAUGCCGGUGGAGUGUGGAACGGAAUAGUUUUUGUGAUCAUUCGCAGACGUCGUAGAAUUCUUGAUAUUCAGCAAGGUAGCAAUGUAAACAAUAAAGUGAUUCCUAGAAGGAAUCAUUAGUAAGAUCACAUAUUCUGAUGACGUCACAUUGUGCUCUAGAUUUCUUUUAAUUAAGCAUUGAUGUAAAAAAAAAUUAAGUUUCAUCGGGGUAUGAACAAAUUUUGUUUGCAAACUGUAUGAAUCCGCGUAGGUAUGUUUAUUUUCAAUGGGUGUUCAUCCUAGGGUGUGUGUGUGUGCGUAAAAACACGCGUUUUAUGGUCAUCUCCCAAAAGAGGUAACAAGAGAGAUUAAAAUGGAUCUCUUGUUUUAAUUAAUUUAUUUAUUUAUUGAUCAAUUUUUGCUAAAUACCAUUCCUCAUAUACAAAUGCUCUCAAAUUACAGUUUUUUGCACGAUAAACCUACACAUUCCCUGACAAACGUAAUUUACGUGGUAUCAUUAGUGUACGUCUAUACAAACGUAAUUUACGUGGUAUCAUUAGUGUACGUGUAGACAAACGUAAUUUACGUGGUAUCGUUAAUGUACGUCUAUACAAACGUUAUCUACGUGGUUUCAUGAGUGUACGUCUAUACAAACGUAAUUUACGUGGUAUCAUUAGUGUACGUCUAUACAAACGUAAUUUACGUGGUAUCAUUAGUGUACGUCUAGACAAACGUAAUUGACGUGGUAUCAUUAGUGUACGUCUAUACAAACGUAAUUUACGUGGUAUCAUUAGUGUACGUCUAUACAAACGUAACUUACGUGGUAUCAUUAAUGUACGUCUAUACAGACGUAAUUUACGUGGUAUCAUUAGUGUACGUCUAGACAAACGUAAUUUACGUGGUAUCAUUAGUGUACGUCUAUACAAACGUAAUUUACGUGGUAUCAUUAGUGUACGUCUAUACAAACGUAAUUUACGUGGUAUCAUUAGUGUACGUCUAUACAAACGUAAUUUACGCGGUAUCAUUAGUGUACGUCUAUACAAACGUAAUUUACGUGGUAUCAUUAGUGUACGUCUAGACAAACGUAAUUUACGUGGUAUCAUUAGUGUACGUCUAUACAAACGUAAUUUACGUGGUAUCAUUAGUGUACGUCUAGACAAACGUAAUUUACGUGGUAUCAUUAGUGUACGUCUAUACAAACGUAAUUUAAUGGUAUCAUUAGUGUACGUCAAGAACACUAAAAUGAAAUACUCGUCUAAUUCCAGACCAAGUAAAGAUCAACCGGUGAACAUGACUAUUCAAAUAUGUCUUUCGUACCGAUGAUCCAGAGCUAUGUUAUCAAUAUGUAUUUGAUCAUUUAAUGAUAAUCAUCAUCAUAAAUGGUGUUUACCUGUACGUACGUUGUUUAUAGUGAAUGGGUUAUGUACCAAAAUGAUUCACAUUGAGACGAUGGUUUUUAUUCCAUUGACUAUGAUAUCGGAGGUGAA